AUGAUCGGUUACUACAAGCCUGGCACCACUCCCGUGGUGGCGUUUGCUGUGGACUUUAGCUACGUUCCGCUCGUGGAUUUCUUGAAGAAGCUCGUGACCAAGUACUUGACGAUCGGCUACGCGGACCGCAUAUUCGGCUACGGCGCGUCGGACCAUGCCAGUUGGUUCCGUGCGGGGUACCCGUCGUCGUUUCCAUUUGAAGCUGCCCGAGGCAACAGCAACCCAUACAUCCACACGUCUAACGACACGCUGGCUAACAUCAACUGGGUGCACGUCGCGGACUUUACCAAGUUUUCCAUUGCGUACGUUGUUGAGCUGACGCAACAAACGCAGUCGCUCAAUGUUUUACGCUCUUGCCGCUGCCACUGGGGUCUCAAAGACGACGCUCUGGCGUCUUGUGAAGUCGAAGGCCAUGAAGCGCUGCACCAGCUAUUUGAAGCCUAUGUAAACUCAAAAGUACGAUCCUUUCUGCGCUGCCAUCGAAAUGUACCCCUGUAUUGGAACGACAUGCUGGACUACAUUCACAGAGACGAGAAGUGGCUCUAUAUGACUAACGUAGAUGGAUGGUACUACCUAUGUUCUGGUGAAGAUGACCCUGCGCGGAUGUGUCAGUCAAAGAAUCGUAUCAUCAAGAUGAUGUUCUUGACGGCCAUGGCAAGACCGAGGUAUGACAACACGAAGCGAAUUCAUUGGUACGGCAAGAUCUGUGCAUGGGCCUUCACGUCAAAGUGUCAAGCUCUUCGCAACAGCAAGAACCGCAAGCGUGGUGAUGAUGUUGUUGAACCGACGACAGUCACAAGGGAGGUGUACCGAGACUACGUUGUCAACAAAGUUAUCCCAGCGAUUCGAUCCCUAUGGCCGCGGCAACGAUCAAGCGUGAUCUGGAUCCAACAAGAUGAUGCAAGACCCCAUGUCAGAGUUGACGAUGCUUCUGUUCGAAUGGACGGAUAG